GUAACUUCAACAAGGCAGACCAUGACAGUCCAACGAAAUGAUGGAAACUGCACGCUUAUCUGACUCUCUGUGCCCGGAUAACACCGUAAAAUUGCGCCAAAAUUUGAUCUUUCUUACCCUAUGUGCUUCUCUCUCUGACAAUUUUUUAGGAAAAGUAGUCUCUGGUUAGGAUCUUAACUGUACAAACCAAUACCAAACCACCCUCUCUCUUUUUCAUAUAUUAGUUUGAGAGAGAGACGACUGUUUUUUCGAUCUGGUCAUCUAACUAGUUCAAAGUCUGCUGCCAGAAACAGUAGAAGAGCUGUUGUGUUUCAUCGUCUGCCUUUUCAGGCAUGCAAAUAGUUUGAUUAGGAUUUAUUCUACUUACCAAGACUUCUGCCUUGAGCGAGUAUUUGGCUUUUUCGAGGCAGCUUGUGAAAAUGGCAAAUCGAGCUAACGAGGAUGAGAAAAAUGAACGGAUAAUUCGUAGCCUGCUCAAACUUCCUGAGAAUCGCCGAUGUAUAAACUGUAACAGUCUGGGACCACAAUAUGUAUGUUCAAAUUUUUGGACUUUUGUCUGCACCAACUGUAGUGGAAUACAUCGCGAGUUCACACAUAGAGUAAAAUCAGUAUCGAUGGCUAAAUUCACUUCACAGGAAGUUGCUGCUCUUCAAGAAGGGGGAAAUCAGCGUGCAAAGGAAAUAUUAUUUAAAGAAUGGGAUCCACAAUGUCAGUCGUUUCCUGACAGCAGUAAUGUUGAGAGACUACGGGACUUCAUUAAGCAUGUUUAUGUGGAUAGAAGGUUUACUGGUGAUAGGAACUUUGACAAACCUCCGAAGGGGAAGCUGGGUGAAAGGGAGGAUGUUAACGAGAACAGGAGGGUUGACGCAUAUCAAGGAGGGUCUCGAAGUCCCCCAUAUGAGGAUACAUAUGAACGCCGUUACAGUGAUAGAUCUAGUCCUGGUGGAAGAAGUGAUGAAAGGAGGAGUCUUGGAUAUGAGGAAAAUAGACAGUAUAAUGAUUAUAAGAGAAGUCCUGCUCGGCCUGAAGUUGUCAAUGAUUGGCGUCGAGAGGAUAGAUUUGGAAAUGGAAUGAAACUUGAAGACCAUAGAACUUCUGAUGGAGAUCCAAAGCUGGGAGGAUGGUCACCUGAGCGACGGAGAGAUUUCGAGGCUUCUAGUUCCCCUGUGGUACGGCCUGUCAGAGAAAUUUUAGGGGAGAACAUAAUACGCCUUCGAAUAAGCGAACCUCCAAAAGCAAACUUGGGAAAGGCCGCUGACUGUUCUGAACCAACACGGGUGCAGAAAACUGCAUCUUCCAGUAGCUUGGGCCCUGCAAAUGGCAAGCCAGCAGAAGUUAAAUUGGAGACUACUGGCAGCUUAAUUGAUUUUGAUGAUGGUCCUGAACUUACUCUUACUGCGCCUGCUCCACAGGCAGAGAUUACAGUGGCUACACAAUUUGUUGCACAGCCAUCAAGUUCCAACAAUGAAAACAAUUGGGCUUCUUUUGAUUUUGCCCCCAAGGCGAAAUCAUCUCAAGCUCCAUCGAACAUGAACCCACUUGAAUCUGUUCUCUCAGAAUUGUCAGGCCCCGCAUCUGUGCCUGGCCAUAUGUCGGCAAUACCCAGUAUUGCUGGUGUUUCUGUAGCCGAGUCUACGGGAAAUUUGACAGUAUUACCAAUUACUGGUGCUUCUACUGUCUUACCUGUUGGGCACAUGCCAGUGUUACCCUUUAAUGGUGGUGCCUCAGCUGCUGUCCCUGGAAUGGUACCUACAGUGUCAAUCAAUGGUAUUAGUCCUGCAGCUAAAGUUACUGAUGCAGGCCAAUGGCCUAGCAUACAGCAGCAUCAGCAACCUUCUUUAUUUCCUGCUGCUGGUAGUCAGUCUGCCACUCAACAAAUUAACCCAUUGGUUAAUGGAGCACCAGGGAUUCAGGCUGUGCAAGGCCCCCUGAAUACACCAGCUACAGCAGCACCUCAACCUGUCUCAAAACCUGCCCAGGAGGUGGCAUCUGUUGGUUUAUCAGAACCUUCUGCAGAAGAAAAAUCAAUUGAAAGAAAAGCUCUGCCUGAGGAUCUUUUUGCUCCAACCUAUCCAUAUUUUCCAGCAAGAGUUCCUGGGUGGCAAACUGGUCCACCACAUGGUGUAGGUUAUAGUAUGCAAUACAAUACCACAGUGCCUAUGCCAACUUUCUUUCAGACAUCGAAGUCGACAAAUCCCUUUGAUCUUAACAAUGAGCCAUCCCCAGUGCACUUGCAAACAUUUCCUUCCAUGGCAUCCCUGCAAGGCACUCUUCCAAGUUUGCCACCCUCUUCAGGCUUAAUGCGUACAUCCAGCCUUGGUGCUCCCUCACCAUCAUGGCCGUCAUCCCAGCCUUCACCUUAUCCAUUGGCAAUACCUAUCCAGGGACCAACUUUUGCAAAAACAAUGCCUCUGCGGCCGUACAUGGUGCAACCGACAACACAAGUUCCCAAUAAUAUGCAACUUUCUGGGCAUCAAGGUAUUGGUGGCUACAGCAGUGAAGGGGCUGGUUUUGGCUCUGUAAAUAUGGAUCAACGGCUGGCUGGUAGAUUCUCAGCCCCUCCUACCCCGCAACCUUUCUCUUCUGUUGGAGGGAACCCAUUUGGAUGACUAUGAAAAAAACGCUUGGAUCCUAUUUAAGCUAAGCAUCAACUCGGUGCUACCCUUGUUACUGCUUGGUGUAAAGUUUUGAUUGUUUAGAUGUAGUUAAAAAUGGUCCAGCUAGAGGAAAGAUUUCUCAUGUUCAUAUCGGUGCUAGGGUCGAAUGUUCAAGUUAGCCUUGGGGAGUUGGUUUUGAAGUUUGGAGAGAGACUGUGGGGCGCAGCAGUAUACGAAUUAAGGAUGGUGGUACCUCCAUAGGAAUUUUAGGUGAUUUUUUUUUAAAGCAGUUUGUGGUCUGGUGCUAAUUGUAAUAUUUCAUUGUGUGAUCCUUGUUGCUGUUGCCCUCUGUAGUUGUUUCAUAUAUUCUCCUCAUUGGUUGUGUUGUAAAAUGUUGCAAUCUCAUUAUUGUGAUGAGCAAUUUGAGUCUGAAAAGUUUAUGGAAUUAUGAAGGUUGUGAACAAUGUGUAUGAUAGUGGUAGUCAAUAUUGAAAUGGAAUUUUUUCA